GACUCUGAGCCAUUUAAGUAUUUUGAAUUCUUUGAACCUUUCAAGCAAUCAAAUCAAUGGUUCCAUACCAUCAGAAAUGGGGAUGUUGAAGAGCUUGUUCAAAAUGGACCUUUCCAGGAAUCAAAUCAGUGGUCCAAUCCCUUCAACUAUAGGCAAUUUAACUGGUUUGCAAGCUUUGAUGCUUAGUGCAAAUCAAAUCAAUUGUUCCAUCCCGGUUGAAAUGGAGAAUUUGAAGAAUUUGGAUUUUUUGUUUCUCGAUCAAAAUAAUCUCACCGGCAAUCUUCCCUUUUUUUCGCCUUAUAGUAUGGGUCUCAAUUUGUCAUAUAAUUCGUUCAAUUGUGCAAUUCCAUGUCAAUAUUAUUAUUAUUAUUCACAUUAUGCAUACGACAUGUUAUUUGGCAACAAGGAUUCAUGCAAUGGUAGCUUCAAGGUUUUCGCUCCUUGCCCUGAGUUUUCCCCGACUACUAACAAAUCAAGAAUAACCAAACUAGAAAUUUUGGUUCCAAUCGCCAUUUUUCUUGGAUUCAUAGUUCUUGGCGGCUUUCUUCACUCGAGAUGCAAGGUUAAGAAGACCCAGUCUAACUCAAAAGAAACAAAGAAUGGGAACUUGUUCUCGAUAUGGAAUUACGAUGGACAUAUUGCAUAUGAAGAUAUCAUUGAAGCAACCGAGGACUUUGACAUAAAAUAUUGUAUUGGAACAGGUGGUUAUGGCAGCGUUUACAAAGCAAAAUUACCUGGUGGCAAAGUGAUUGCCUUGAAGAAACUUCAUCAGUUGGAGGCUGAGAAUCCAACUUUUGAUAUGAGUUUCAAGAAUGAGGUAAAAGUGUUAACAAAAAUUCGGCAUCGAAACAUUAUAAAACUUCAUGGGUUUUGUUUACAUAAACGAUGCAUGUUUUUGGUUUAUGAGUAUAUGGAAAGGGGAAGCCUAUUUUAUGUCCUGAGCAAUGACGUUGAAGCUAUAGAAUUGGAUUGGAGCAAGAGGGUGACCAUCAUCAAAGGCAUCGCCCAUGCCUUAUCUUACAUGCAUCAUGAAUGCAUUCCAACAAUUGUUCAUCGAGAUAUAACAAGCAACAAUAUUUUAUUGAACUCGAAACUAGAGGCUUUUGUCUCUGACUUUGGCACUGCUAAACUCCUUGAUCCUGAUUCCUCCAAUCAAACAUUAGUUGCGGGCACUUACGGUUAUAUUGCUCCAGAGUUGGCCUAUACAAUGAAAGUUACUGAAAAAUGCGACGUUUAUAGCUUUGGAGUGGUGGCAUUGGAAAUAUUAAUGGGAAGACAUCCAACGGAACUCUUAACUUCAUUAGCAUCACCGUCUUCUCAAAACGUGAUGUUACAUGAAAUAUUAGACCAACGUUUGCCACCUCCAAAUCAUCUAGUUGCACAAGAUAUUUUUCUUGUCGCAACAAUAGCAUUUGCAUGCCUUCAGAUCAAACCAAAGUCUCAGCCUACAAUGAAAUGCGUGUCUCAAGAAUUUAUUUCACGAAAGAAACCAAUUGCCAAGCCUUUACAUGUAAUUUCACUAUGGCAGCUAAGGAACCAAGAAAUGUAUAAGGUUGGAUUAGAUGAUGAAACUCAAUUAUGA